AUGCUGCUCGCGAAAGACCUCCUGCACUCCUCCCCUGAGGAGAAGCGGAAGCACAAGAAGAAGCGCCUGCUGCAGAGCCCCAACUCCUACUUCAUGGACGUCAAGUGCCCGAGUUGCUACAAAAUCACCAAUGUUUUCAAUCACGCCCAGACAGUUGUGUUGUGUGUCGGCUGCUCGACUGUGCUGUGCCAGCCCACUGGUGGAAAGGGGAGGUUGACAGAAGGGUGCUCUGGCGAAAGCAACAUUAAACAGUGGACACUUGGCACAGGAUGGGUUUGGGAACUAUGGGAACAAUUGCCGGUUGCGACCCUGACUUUCUCUGGGGAACCGAUGGAAGUAUAUUAUGCAGUGGAUUUGGGGGAACAUGUAGAGUUAUUUUUGAGGGCUUGA